AUAUCUUCGGUUGUUGUUCUCGUACUCUGUUUACUUGGGAAAAGAUGAUAAAGAAAUAGAAUUGUAGAAUGUUUGUCAUAUCGUGCUACGUAUUGCGGAAUAUUUGUGGAAGCUGGAUUUUAGUGUUAUUUCAAACCUCUUAAUUGGUUACAGCAUAUCAUCAUGGAGGUUCUACAUUGUUAUGAGUUUUUAUUAAUGAGAAAAUUGCAAGCCAAUCUAACUCUUUGGAAUGAAUUGAAAGCCCGUUUAUUAGUUAGUUCCUAUAAUUCAAAAGCUCUUCUGGCGUGGCUAAAAUCCAGAAUGGUAGCUUCUGAAUACGAAGAAACCAGCGAUGACGAUCCUCCAACAUAUAAGAAUAUUUGUGUGGAGCUGUGGUUCCUGGCUGUCGCGUUGGAGAAACAUCCGCAUCGCCUCCUGCAGUUUGUGAUGCACCAAGUGCAGUUAGAAAAGGAAGAUAACACGUCCGUUCCCGGCCAGACUAUCUUGGCGCGCUAUCUUUCGCACCACAACUUCGUCGAGAUGCAUCUCGACAGUAUAUUUAAAUACGGGGAGACUGCCACGCUUCCUCCAGAGCUGUUCAAGUGCCCGAACGUGCGGGUGCUAUCGCUCAAGUGCAACAGCCUGGACGGCAUCCCGCCCGACGUGGGGCGCAUGGCCUCGCUGGAGCGCCUCUGCCUGACCAACAACCGGCUGCAGAACAGCUCCGUGCCGUUCACGCUCACGUUCUGCCGCCGCCUCGCCGAGCUGUACCUGGACAACAACCUGCUUGACGCGCUGCCUGGCUUCCUGCUCGCCAUGCCGCAGCUUCGCACCGUCCACCGCCACGGCAACCACAACUACUUCAAGGCCACCUUCAUGUGGUACCACACCGACGUCAACGAGAGGGUGCUGCUGGUGCGGGGUGACGCCCUCCGGCGGAAGCCCCCAGCGCUCGGCUCCCGGGACCCGCCCUCGCUCAUGUUCCUCGCGGGGCAGGCCAUCGUGGCCUCCAAGUGGAACUUCUUCCAGCCGGGCCAGCUGCCCCCCGGCGUGCAGGACUACCUGGCGCUCAUCUACCCGUCCUUCAACGUGUGCGGCCACUGCCGCUCCGCCACGCCCCUGGCCUCCCCAGGCUACAAGGUGUUCACGUUCAAGAACCCGUACCUGGGGAACACGUGCGUGCCGUUCCAGCACUGGGCGUGCUCGGCGCGGUGCGCCCGGGAGAUAGAGGUCCCGGCGCACCUCGAGCAGCAGCAGGCGGCGGAGAGGAUGGACCGGGAGUACCGCCACUACAUCCGGGAGUUCCAGGAGGAGACGGGCCCGGCCGUGCCGUCGCGGGGCGUCUGCGCCGUCCUGUAGCGUCGACCGCGGUGCCCGACCUCUUCCCCCCCCCCCCCCCCCCCCCCCCCCCCCCGCGUCCAGACCUGCCAACUCUCACGAUUUUAAGGUCCAUCUCAAACCCCUUACGCCAAAAUAGUGUUUCCUCACGAUUUUUCGGGGCCCCAAGAUUUUGUUUGUAAAAGUUACAAAACAAGUUUUACGAAAGCUUACGGUAACGAGUUUCCAUCAAUACUCGUGUCACGUAAAGGAAGCAAUUUUGCGUUUUAUGGCGUGUGCUGUGCUGAUUUUUCUAUUUCGCAUUCUAUUCUCAUUUGUUGUUUUUUUUAUAUCUAACCUGUAUUUAUGGGCCUGAAAGUUUUUAUAGAGGACCUCAUGAUUUUUUAAAUUUGAAUGUUGGCAGGUCUGCACGUCUGUGCGCUCGGCGAGGUCGUCACCGUUAUUCCCGCAGAUCAGUGGAGACAGGUGUUUUCGGUGGGAAAAAUUUGCACAGUUUCGUUACUUUUUACGAGAUGAUUCCGGUAUAUUUUUCCGCUUAUUUUAUCGGUAGUUUCGUCGAAAAUUCCGUUGAUUUUAAAACUGCAAUAUGAGGUUUAUAAAUACUGUAAGUUCAACAUGAAUGUGUUUGAUAUGUCAUUUAAGAGCAGAACUACACAGUUUCAUACAUACAUAACUUAACCAAACAUUUGCACAGAACAAGCAACAAUUCAACAACUAUGCAGAGCAUUUCCGUAAUCUACUGGCAGAUGGAGAGUCCCCAGCGCCUUUUUUUAAAAAUAUAUAUAUUUCGCGAUUUCGCGCAUCGCGAAAAACACCUGUCUCUACAGAUUAGCCAUUAGUCACAAGCAUGAUCUGCGAAACUGGGUUGUGAAAACGGAAGCGGAAAUUGUAAUGAUAGUGACGACCAUUCUUGCUGAUCGUGUCAACUUAUUUUAAGUUUUAAAAAGUAUAUAAAAACCAUUAAAUAUUGUUGUAUAUAUGUAAUAUAUUUUUUUAUAUCUCGAUAAAUGUUUUUUUAACAGAUAAAAAAGUUCACUUGCACAAGUACCUAAAUCUCUCCAAUAGGAGUCAUCCUUUGAAAUAUUUAUGUAAUUUAUUGUACAGAAUCGUCCUACUGAUUUGUGGAUGGUCUAUGAAGAUGAUUAAAUGGCUUAAUGCAAAGUAAAAAAAAAAAA